GAUGUGGAGAGCAGAGUCUUCUUUCUCUUCUUCACUGUAUGAAUCAACAAGCAAAGCUGGAGAAGGCUUUAAAGCAGCAGCUCAUGGAUUCACCAAACCAAGCGUCUCGCUCUGCAGAGAAGGAGCUUGCCAGAAUGCGAACACAGUUUGUGCAGAGGGUGACAGCAGAAGAUCUCACACAGCUACUUGAAGCCCUUGUAACAGACAAUGUCUUGAAUGAGUUGGAGAAAGAAAGGAUACAGGAAAUGAACCAAACUAGAGCAGACAAGGCACGCGACUUCAUUGACACCGUGAAGAAAAAGGGAGAAAAAGCCUGCAGGAUAAUGAUCAGUCACCUUCAAACCAUUGAUCCUACAGUUUUCUGUCAGCUAGGUUUGUCCUCUGGGCCAUCUGUUCGGUUAGCAGCACUUGAGAAGUGUCAGCUCAAAUUCAAAUCUACUCUGAAGAAGAAGUUCCAGUGUGUGUUUGAGGGAAUUCCUAAAGCAGGAAACCCAACCCUGCUGAAUCAGAUCUACACAGAGCUCUACAUCACAGAGGGAGGGACCACAGAGGUCAAUCAUGAACAUGAGGUCAGACAGAUUGAAACAGCAUCCAGGAAAUGGCACAGUACAAAAAUAACAAUCAGACAAGAAGACAUCUUUAAAGGCCCACCUGGAAGAGAUGAACCGAUCAGGACAGUGUUGACAAUGGGAGUGGCUGGAAUUGGGAAAACAGUGUUAACACAGAAGUUUACUCUGGACUGGGCUGAAGGCAAAGCCAAUCAGGACAUCCAGUUCAUAUUUCCAUUCACUUUCAGAGAGCUGAAUGUGCUACAAGAGAAAAAGUUCAGCUUGGUGGAACUUAUUCAUCUCUUCUUUACUGAAACCAAAGAAGCAGGAAUCUGCAGCUUUGAAGACUUCCAGGUUGUGUUCAUCUUUGAUGGUCUGGAUGAGUGUCGACCUCCUCUGGAUUUCCACAAAACUAAAAUCCUAACUGACCCUCGAAAGUCCACCUCCGUGGAUGCGAUACUGAUAAACCUCAUCAGAGGGCAUCUGCUUCCCACUACUCGCCUCUGGAUAACCACACGACCUGCAGCAGCCAAUCAGAUGCCUGCUGAGUGUGUUGACAUGGUGACAGAGGUCAGAGGAUUUACUGACCCACAUAAGAAUGAGUACUUCAGAAAGCGAUACAAGGAUAAGAAAAAAGCCAAUAGGGUAAUCUCCCACAUCAAGACAUCACGAAGCCUCCACAUCAUGUGCCACAUCCCAGUCUUCUGCUGGAUCACUGCUACAGUUCUGGAGAAUAUGCUAGAAACCAGAAAGAGGCUAGAGUUGCCUAAGACUCUGACUGAAAUGUACAUCCACUUCUUGGUGAUUCAGGUCAAAGUGAAGAAGGUCAAGUAUGAUGGAGGAGCUGAGACAGAUCAACACUGGAGUCCAGAGAGCAGGAAGAUGAUUGAGUCUCUGGGAAAACUGGCUUUUGAGCAGCUGCAAAAAGGAAAUCUGAUCUUCUAUGAAUCAGACCUGACAGAGUGUGGCAUCGAUAUCAGAGCAGCCUCAGUGUACUCAGGAGUGUUCACACAGAUCUUUAAAGAGGAGAGAGGACUGUACCAGAACAAGGUGUUCUGCUUCAUCCAUCUGAGUGUUCAGGAGUUUCUGGCUGCUCUUCAUGUCCAUCUAACUUUCAUCAACUCUGGAGUCAAUCUGCUGGAAGAACAACAAACUGGGGCAGAUUUCUACAAGAGUGCUGUGGACAAGUCCUUACAGAGUCUAAAUGGACACCUGGACUUGUUCCUUCGCUUCCUCCUGGGUAUUUCACUACAUUCCAAUCAGACUCUCCUACAAGGCCCGCUGACACAAAGAAAACGCAGCUCACGAACCAAUCAGGAAGUAGUGCAGUACAUCGAGCAGAAGAUUGGGGAGAAUCCUGGUCAGGAGAGAAUCUUUAAUCUCUUUCACUGUUUGAAUGAACUGAAUAAUCGUUCUCUUAUGAAGGAAAUUCAACAGUCCCUGAAAUCAGGAAGUCUCUCCACAGAUAAAUUUUCCUCUGCCCAGUGGUCAGCUCUGGUCUUCAUUUUAUUGUCAUCAGAAAAACACCUGGAUAAGUUUGACUUAAAGAAAUACUCUGCUUCGGGAGAAGGCCUUUUAAGUCUGUUGCCUGUGGUCAAAGCCUCCAACUACGCUCUACUAUGUGCCUGUAAUGUCUCAGAGAGAAGCUGUAGAGUUCUGUCUUCAGUUCUCAGCUCCCAAUCCUCUAGAUUGAGAGAACUGGACCUGAGUAACAACAACCUGAAGGAUUCAGGUGUGACGAUCCUGUCUUCUGGAUUAAAGAGUCUGCACUGCAAACUCAACACUCUUCGACUGUCAGGCUGUCUGAUCAGAGAGGAAGGCUGUAUUUCUCUAGCCUUAGCUAUUAGCGCCAAUCCUUCUCAUCUGAGAGAGCUGGACCUGAGGUACAACCAUCCAGGAGAGGGAGGAGUGAAGCAGCUGAAGCAGCUGAGAUGGGAAACUCUCAGGGUCAUUCUGGAGCCUGCUGGAGUCCGAUGGUUGACACCAGGUCUGAGGAAAUAUUCCUGUCAACUCACAAUCGACACAAACACAGUAAAUAAAAACCUCAAACUGUCUGACAACAACAGGAAGGUGACACAUGUGAAGAAGAUUCAGUCAUAUCCUGAUCAUCCAGACAGAUUUGAUGACUGUCCUCAGCUGCUCUGCACAGAUCCUCUGACUGGUCGCUGUUACUGGGAGGUCGAGUGGAGAGGAGACAUUGAAACAUCAGUGAGUUACAGAGGAAUCAGAAGGAAAGGACACAUAAAAGACUGUGGGUUUGGAUUAAAUGAUCAAUCUUGGAGUCUGGGGUGCUCUGACAAUGCUUACUCUGUGUGGCACAGUAAGCGGCACAUGCGCAUCUCCUCUUCUUCCUCCUUCUCCUCUGUUUCUAACAGAGUAGCAGUGUAUGUGGACUGUCUUGCUGGCACUCUGUCCUUCUACAGAGUCUCUGACAUUUUGAUCCACCUCCACACCUUCAACACCACAUUUACUGAACCGCUUUAUCCUGGAUUUAGGUUAAGGUACAACCCUGAUUCCUCUGUUUCUCUCCCCCUGUUAGGCAAAAUUUAGACUGUUAAAAAAAAACAAAGAUGCUCCAGUUAUUCCAAGAGCAACAUAUUGCUUCUCUGUCUUUUUCCACUUAAAGCUUUACCGUCAACAUCAGUAUGUUGUGUUUCUCCGAGUUAAGCUGAUAUGAUUCAGUUUUUGUGAACAGACACAAAAAUUGCUUAACUCUGUAUCAACUGCAGCCCUGCACCAGUAGUGCAUUGAAAGCAUGGAAGCAUGGAUGCAGCAGCCCCUAUUGAAAAAGUCAGACAUUGCACCAAUGCCUGCCAAAGUUCCAUCAAAUUUUCCUGCUGUUUGUCUUAGUUAAAGUAGUUAUUUUGUAAUUCGUGAUUGAUCAGUAAUUAUACUAAAUAAUAAUGAUUUUUUGUCUUUAAAUAAUACCAAAGAUCAUGUUCAAAUUAUAUUACUUGCUAAUAAAAAGGGGUUUCAAAAUAUCAUUAAACUGUAAUUUCAUACAAACACCUUUUGCUGCCAAAUCAGACUGUGUUUUGGAAAUUGGGUUCCUGAGCCUGGUGGAAUACUCCAUUUAUUUUAAUAUUUUUCAAUAAAAUACAUCAGCCUUUAUGUCUUAACUCCUGUCUCAAAGGGGACCACCGGUGUUCUGAGACUGUCAUGCCUUUUUUCUGUUUUCAUAAUGAAUUCGCUUGCUUAUUUGUGUCCCUCACUGGAUUUAUUAUAAUGUGACAAUACCGUUGGAGUGAUUUUUUUGGGUUGUUAUCUUAUGCAUGCUGCUAGGGGUCACGUUUGUGUUUUUUGUUUGUAUGGUGAUUGUAUUAAAGGUAGACGCACAUAAUUAACGCCAGGUGUGUUGUUGAUUGCGAGGAAGCAAACAGUUUGU